UAUAAUAACGGUUGAAAUGCUAAAAAGUAAAUACAAAACUCGAAGUAAUAAUAUUUUUGCAAAUGGAUAAUUAUUUUCAUUGCACAUAAUUUUAAGAACCUUAACUGAAACCUUACAUAACGAAAUAAUAAAAUAACAAUAAUAAAUGUAUCCAAAAUGGUUGCAACUUUAAAUACAAAAAAUAGUAGCAAUAGAGGAGAGGUCUAUGGAAGUUUGCUUGAAACUUCUUAUAUGCUGGAAUACACCAAUCCGAAAUACAACGAUAUGCAAAAUAAUACCACGGACUUUUUAUUAACAAGUGAUGAACCCCAUAAAAUUGAAGAAGUGUACGGCGGCUUACUAUUAAACGGAGUACAAGAUAUGGAUUUACUUAAUACAUCAAUCGCUUCUAGUGAAUUUAUCACCUUGUCAACAGAUCCUGGGCCAAGUUUAUUACCGUUACAAAAUGUAGCAGUAGUAGACACAUUAUUAGGUUCCGUUAUGACCACUGCCACCGCUACAGUAACAACACUACCAGCACCCAACUUUUUAACUGAUAGUACAGUCAAUUCUGCUACGCUUGACUCCAUGAAUACAAAUUUGCUUAUAAAUUUAAUAACUACGACCACAGAAUCAACGAAUAACGAUUCUUCAUAUUGGGACCUUGGCUCUGACAAUGUCGAUUUUCUUUAUCGUCAUUCACUCAGUAUGACAAUUGUGUAUUGCAUAGCUUACUUAGUAGUGUUUCUAGUUGGAUUGAUUGGAAAUAGCUUUGUGAUUGCUGUAGUACUGCGUGCUCCACGUAUGCGUACGGUUACAAAUUAUUUUAUUGUCAAUUUGGCCAUUGCUGAUAUCCUUGUGAUUGUGUUUUGCCUGCCAGCGACACUGAUGAGCAACAUUUUUGUACCUUGGAUGCUUGGCUGGUUGAUGUGUAAAACGGUUCCAUACAUUCAAGGAGUAUCUGUAGCUGCCUCCGUUUACAGCCUCAUUGCAGUCUCACUCGACAGGUUUAUUGCCAUCUGGUGGCCAUUGAAGCAAAUGACAAAAAGUCGUGCUCGCUUUAUGAUAUUCUGUAUAUGGGUUAUUGCUUUUGGCACCACUAUACCUUGGGUUUUAUUCUUUGAUUUGGUACCAGCAGCAGAAUCAUUUCCGGCAGCACCGGAUUUAUAUCUAUGUCAAGAAGUAUGGCCUCCUGGAACCAAUGGCAAUUUAUAUUUUCUAUUAGCACAUUUAGUAGCUUGCUAUUUGUUACCUAUGUCACUCAUAACCUUAUGCUACGUACUUAUAUGGAUAAAAGUCUCAACACGUUCUAUACCAGGUGACUCUAAAGAUGCACAAAUGGAUCGCAUGCAACAAAAGUCUAAAGUGAAAGUUAUUAAAAUGCUUGUUGCUGUCGUAAUACUAUUUGUUCUCUCUUGGCUGCCACUCUACGUCAUCUUCGCUAGAAUAAAAUUUGGCGGAGAAAUCUCUAUAGAGGAAAGUGAAAUACUUAACAAGGUUACACCUUUCGCACAAUGGUUAGGUUCAUCCAAUUCUUGCAUCAACCCAAUAUUAUAUGCAUUUUUCAAUAAAAAAUACCGCCGAGGCUUUGCCGCUAUUAUUAAGUCACGAUCCUGCUGUGGACGUUUAAGAUAUUAUGAUAAUGUUGCCAUAGUCUCUUCAACAACGAGUACACGCAAAUCUUCUCAUUAUCAUCACAAUGGUUCUCGCAAGAGUCCUAGCAGUCCCGGUCUACGUAAAAAUAAUGUUUCCUACAUAUACGAACAUAAUUCCUUGCGUAGACAUAAUCUUAUAGUAAAACAAGACAGCAAUCUUUCGCAACAAAUGUUACUCAAACAAGAUUCACAUGGUUCUCGACAACUUCUGAUCAAACAGGAGAGUGCAUCAAGUGAUGGAUCUAGACGACUUUUAUGCCAACAAGAUAGUAAUGGUUCCUAUAAUAUAGAAAUAAAACGCUCAACUCAAAUUACACACAAUCAAGAUCGUUCUCAAGACAGCUUUGCCACUUCCCAAGAAUGCAUAUCAAAUGAUUAUAGACGUGGUAUCAAUGCCGGUUCUCCUAGCAUUAGUUCAGUUUUAGAAUACAAACGUCAAAAAUUUGUGAAACAAGAUUCUGUGCUUUCAUUUGUGGAUCAACGCCCAGAACCACGUAGACAUCAACUUGUUAAGCAGGACUCUGUUAUAUCAUUUGCAGAUCAGAAGCGAGGUUUACUCAAUAAACAAGACUCAAUUUUUGCUGGUCCAAAUCGUUCAGGUGAAAGUACUGGACAUCAUGUUUCAAUAUUAAAGAAAACCGAUUCACAGAAUAGCAAUGGCUUACCUUCACCACGUAGAAAUAUGGAAUAUUAUGAAUAAGUUACUAACAAAAAUAAAUUUUAAUAUAUAUAUAUAAUUAUAUAAAAUAUAUAAUAAUAUACAAUACACAAGACCUUGUUAACAGCAAACACGCUAGACUUUGGGUAUAGUGUUUCUUACAUAUCCUACACUAAGAAUAGAUAAUGAAUGUUGUAGAAACCAAUUAAAUUAGGGUUUUUAUUGGUGAUAUUUUGUAAGAGUUUCACAAAAUUUUGGGAUACACUGUUUUUUAACUGUUAUUUGCUAGAAUAUAUUUAAUAAUACUUAAACCAAUAUUUUAAUAGUUUGUUUUUAAAAGAAGAAA